AUGUCUCCAUUCCCAUUGAAAGGAGUUCCAACAAGGCCACACAAACAUAUGCAUCGCUUGUUACAAAGGUCUACUAAUGAAGCAUCUACACCUGCAUUGUCAUCGUCUUUAGUCCCACAAUUUGGUACUGUAUCCGUGCCAUCGUCCAACACUACAUCCACACAGACAUUCACGCGGACAACUUCUACUCCUCCAUUAGUUAGUACUAUAUCAGCCCCACGAUUCACCCCUUCAUCCACAACAGCCCCAUCAUCUACCUUUGCAUCCAAAACGACAUUCACAUCGGCAACAUCUACCCCACCAAUGUUUGGUACUCUAUCAAUGCCUUCAUCCACACCAACUCCAUCAUCAUCCCCUUCAUCAAAACCAACUCCAUUAUCUACCCCUUUAUACACACCAGCUCCAUCAUUAACCCCUUCACCAACACCACUUCCAUCAUCCACCCCUUCAUCUAGAGCAGCUCCGACGACACCGCUUGAUGAACAAAACGAAACACGAAUAGACGGACGCUUAUGUAUUACAGUUCAGGCAAAGGAGCGUAAAGGUGUAGUGGGUGGAAAAGUCCCACCUACUCAUAAUGGAGGAUCUGCUUCUCAUAAACAAAUUGUUGGUGAUAUCGAGGAAUAUACCAGAACAGUUCCAUCAGUCUAUGAUGUAAAAACAUUCCUAGAUGAAAAGGCGAAAAAAGUUCAUGAUUUUAUCGAGUCUCGACGUGCGGAUUUUGAACUAUUAGGAGAGGAAGUUGAUGAAAAUGAGUUGUUUUAUACAGCUGUUGUAGGACAUGACCAUAAAAGAAGAGUUUAUGGGCUUGGAUCAUAUGGCAGAUCCAUUUUUCAUGGAAAUUCUUCUGAAGCAUGCACUUCACCGGAUACAAAUUCGGAAAAACAUCAUCUUGAGGCCAAUAUCCAAAAACUAGAGGAAACUAUUGAGCAACAAAGAGUCGAAUUGGAUGAAGUGAGAAACACGAUCAAUGCUAUCAGAAACAUGAUUAACUAG